AUGGCUUCCAAUUCUGCUUACAGUAGCAGUAGCAGGGACAUUGCAAAUGGAUUUCAGCUGGAAGUUGUUUCUGCCACAAACGAAAAGAAGGUAACUAGCUUUAUUCACGAUGAUAUUGCCUUCUCUAUUCUAUCAAAACUCCCCAUUAAAUCUUUGAAACGAUUUGAAUGCGUACGCAAAUCAUGGUCUCACCUUACUGAAGACGAAGACUCUCCUUUCAUGACUAUGUAUCGCAACAAUCUUUUUUUAUCUCAACCUUAUGACGGUGAUACAUCUCUCCUGGUUAAUAUGUGCCCUAAAGUAGAAAGGUUCCAUUCUCUGUCUGGUGAAAGGUUUGCGAAUAGGCUCAGUUUAAUUAAUCCAAUUCAAUCCGAUCAAGUACUUCAAAUCAUUGGCUUUGGGAGUGUUAAUGGCAUACUUUGUCUCCAAUAUGGAGAAACAAGAAUCUCACUGUGGAAUCCAACUACCAACGAAUUCAAGGUUAUUCCUCCUGCUGGGACACGUCUUCCACAUAUUGUUCAUACAUUUAAACCUGUCGAUCCCUUUUACAUUCAGACUACUAUUCAUGGAUUUGGUUAUGACUCUGUUGCUGAUGACUAUAAGCUCAUUUGUCUUCAAUCAUUUGAAUCAUAUUACUUUUAUAAUGAUAAGCAACGCAUGAAACAGUCAUUGUUGUUGCAACAUAAAUCUCUUCAACCCUUUUGGAUGAUUUAUAGCUUAACAAGUAAUUCGUGGAAGAAACUCUAUGUCAAUAUGCCUCGUUCUUCACCAACUUUUCAGUUGGAAUAUUACCAUGGAAAUCACCGACUCUAUAUGGAUGGAGUGUGUCAUUGGUUGUCUCUCCCGACUUCAGGAGCAUGUAUGGUAUCAUUUGACUUGAACAAUGAGACGUUCUUUGUCACACCCAUACCCUCCUACAUUCUUAGGGUUAGACGUCGUGCAUGGCAACAAUUGAUGGUGGUGAAUCACUCUAUUGCCUUGGUCUCUUUACCUUAUCACAACACACAAACUUUCCAUAUAUCAAUUUUGGGUGAAGUUGGUGUGAAGGAAUCAUGGAUCAAACUCUUCACUGUUGAGAAUCCUUGCACUCUUGUUGAGUAUCCUAUUGGACUCGGUAUGAAUGGUGAAAUAGUCUUCGCAAAUGAAGACAACAAACUACUUUUAUUUGAUUUAAAUACCAAGAAGAUUGCAGAGCUUGGUCUUAAUAGAGAAGACAAAAUGGUUCCUUUCUUCUCAAGUAAUGGACGUGAAUUUGAAGAGGCGAUUGUUGGUGUUGGUGCACAAAGGGUGAGAGAUCUUUUUGCUGCUGCAAAAAAACGUGCACAUUGUAUAAUCUUUAUUGAUGAGAUUGAUGCUAUUGGUGGAAAACCAAAUCCAAAUUACCAAAUGUACUCGAAGUUGACUUUAUAUCAAAUGCUUGUUGAGUUAGAUGGACUCGAACAAAAUGAAGGCAUAAUUGUGAUUGGUGCUACUAACUCUCACGAGUCAAUAGAUGAGGCUUUGUUGAGACACGGGCGAUUUGAUCGCCGUGUUGAUGUUCCCAUACCAGAUAGAAAAGGAUGGCUGGAGAUUUUUGAAUAUCACAUGUCAAAGGUUCUGACAAAAGAUAAUGUUGAUCUGAUGACCAUUGCUCGGUUUACACCUGGGUUCUCUGGAGCUGACCUUGCAAACUUUUAUAAUAUUGCUGCCCUGAGGGCUACAAAGUAUGGUGCCAAAGCCGUGAGCACGCAUGAUUUAGAGUUCGCACGGGAGAAGAAUGAGGGUAACUCAGUUGUUACAUCAGAGGAGUUAAGAAAGAAGAUUGCUUACAAUGAAUCUGGUCAUGCCUUAGUUACAAUUUAUACUGAUGGUGCGUAUCCUGUUCGCGAGGCAACUAUUGAUCCACAUGGGCUGAGUCUUGGCAGGGUUUCUCAUUUGCCUCCUGACAACGAUCGGACUAGUCCUUCCCGUAAACAGACGCUUGCCAAACUGGAUUUUUACAUGGGAGUCCGGGUUGCUGAAGAGCUAAUUUUCAGACAAAGUGGAGUUACUGCUGGUGCAUCCUCGGAUCUUUUGAAGGCAACCACUCUGGCCAGGAAAAUGGUUACCAAAUAUGGUAUGAGUGCUGAAGUUGGACCCGUGAACUUGGAAAAGGGGAGAAGUAUGAGCUCAGAAACUAGGCUGCUUAUUGAGAAAGAAGGGAAGAAUUUGCUUGAGAUUGAGAGAGCUUACAACAAUGCAAAAACUAUUCUAACCACCCAUCAAAAGGAGCUUCAUGUGUUUGCAAAGGCUCUUCUGAAGCAUCAGACACUUACUGCUAAGAUUAGAGAUUUACUUGUAAAUGUCAAAUCCCAGCAGAAGCGGCAGUCACGUGUAGUCAAAGCUAAGGGAAGUUCAUGGUCCAAUCCAGCAGCUGAUGAGGAUGAGGCUGAGGCUUCAGAUGCAACCAACAAUGCAGCUUAAGCUUCAGAUGCCGCGACCGAUGCAGCUGAAGCUGGGCCUUCUCAGACUUCUUAGGUAUGAGUGAGUGGAGUCACAAUGUUCUUCAACAGUAAAAUAACAAUAUGUAGAA